AUGAUCUAUAUUGGCAUCUUUGUCUUAGUAUACAACAAAGGCUAUCAAGAAUUUGAUGAUGUGUUAGCAUCUGUAAGCACCAAAGUUAAAGGUUAUUCUUUUGCUAACAAGACAAUAGCAGGUGAUUUUCCAGGAAUAUGGGAUGUGGCUGACUACACAGUACCUCCACAGGAAAAUAAUGCAAUCUUUGUGACAACAAAUGCAAUCCUUACAUAUGAUCAGGAGCAAACUAAAUGCCCAGAGGCUGUUUCAGCUAAAGACUUCUGCAAUAAUGACGAAGAUUGUGCACCAAUGACUACAAAAGCUGGUGGAAAUGGUGUAAGAACUGGGAAAUGUGUUAAUUCUUCUCAAUCAGAAAAUAAAGUCUGUGAGAUUUAUUCUUGGUGUCCUUUAGAGAAUGACACACUCACUGGCACGCCACUUCUCACUUCAGCUGAAAAUUUCACUCUUUUUGUAAAGAACAAUAUACUGUUUCCAAAAUUUGGAGUUUCAAGAUCUAAUAUUUUGGACAGUGAUCUAAAACGAUGUCGUUUCAAUGCUAGUGAUCCAACCUUGAAAUUUUGUCCCAUAUUUGUUCUGAAUGACAUUGUCCAAUUUACCAGCAACCACUUUGAUGAUCUCAAUAAAAUGGGAGCAUCCAUUCAAAUUCAAAUUACUUGGGAUUGCAACCUUGAUUUUGAUGAAAGUGCCUGUCUUCCGAAAUACAACUUCAAGAGACUGGACAAUAACAGAACUACUAACGUAUCAGAAGGUUACAACUUCAGAUAUGCCCAUUAUUAUAAAGUAGAGAAUGUCACCAAAAGAACUCUAAUAAAAGCCUAUGGAAUUCAGUUUGACAUUGUUGUUCAAGGCAGAGCAGGAAAAUUUUAUAUUAUCCCUCUUAUGUUGAAUAUUGGCAGUGGUCUAGCUCUCUUGACUCUGUCCAGUAUAGUUUGUGAUAUAAUUAUGCUUCAUAUACACAAGUUAAGACAAUUUUACCGUGACAAAAAAUAUCAAAAUGUUGAAGAAGCAUGCCAGCAAACUGAGAUGAAGCCAUCAGGUAACAUUGGCAAAACUAAGCUCCUUAAAAACCAAGAGAAAAAUGAUGUACAGGAUUAUGGAGCAACAACGUAG